CUCUGAAACUUCUUUCUUUGCAGAUUUUUGCUUCAUUCCAUUCCACAUAGUGGCGUCUCUCUCUCUUUCUUUAGUUGAGUUGUUCUUUACAAAUUUUCCCACUUAGUCAUUUCUCACCUUUUCUUUUUGGUUACUUUCCCAGAAAGAAAGAGAAGGAAACAAAUUAUUGUACUGUAAUCUCGCUAGGCUGGCAUAGAUCUUUUAUACUGAGCUGCUUUUCCUUGACCCUUAGAGAAAAGUCUCUGCUUUAUGUUGUGAAAUCAAGGCCAUUGAUUAUACUUUUACAUGAAACUAUUAUGGUGGAACCCAUUUUUGCUCUUAUGUAAUGGAAUGUUGAGCUGCAGGUUUUGAUUCUUUUUGUCUUUUGGCCUUAUUUUUUUCGAAUCUUUGUCUCUGAAAUUUAAAUGAGUGAACUUUGAGUCUCUAGUUUGCGCUCCUUUAUCGAAUAGAAUAUGAAGAAUUUCUGGGUUUUUUUCUUCUGCUCUUUUCCUAUCAUUUUUGCUCUGCUUACUCCCAUUUCUACUGCCCAAUUGACUCCAAGUGAGACCCGUCUUCUAUUCCAAGUCCAAAAGCUUCUGGAGUAUCCUCAAAUCCUGCAAGGAUGGACUAAUUGGACAAGCUUUUGUUACCUUCCUUCUUCUCCUUCUCUCAAGAUUGUCUGCCACAACAAUCGGAUCAUAGAAUUGACCAUAGUUGGAAACAAAAGCUCCCCUUCUCACAUCCCAAAACUAGGUUCAGGGAACUUAGUUGUCUCUCAGCAAAGCUUAUCUAAAAGCUUCUCCAUUGAUUCUUUCUUCACAGUUGUAACAAAGCUCUCAAACUUGAGAGUUUUGUCUUUGGUGUCCUUGGGCUUGUGGGGUCCUUUACCUGGAAAGAUCAACAGGUUGAAAUCACUUGAAGUGCUAAACCUUAGCUCAAAUUUCAUAUAUGAGGAGAUACCCUCUUCGAUUUCUACUAUUAAAACUCUGAAAAGCCUUGUUUUGGCUGAUAAUUUGUUCAGCGGGAGUGCCCCAGAUCUUAAAAGCUUAGCCUUCCUUGCGGAACUCAACUUGGGUAACAACCACCUUGGACCUGGAUUUCCUUCCUUGGGGAACAGCCUUGUAAAUAUCGUUUUGACGAAUAACUCUCUGAGAUCUCAGAUUCCUUCAAUGCUCAUCAACUUUGAUAAGCUUCAGCAGCUUGACAUCUCUGUCAAUAAUUUUGUGGGGCCAAUUCCUACUUUCUUGUUUUCAUUGCCUUCAAUCCAGUCUCUCAACUUGGCUGGAAACCAAUUGAGCGGAGCACUUUCCUUGAACAUAACUUGCAAUGCGGAGCUCAAACUUGUGGACCUUUCUCACAACCUUUUGAUUGGAAAAUUGCCACCAUGCAUUGGAUCGAAAUCUAUUAAUCGGACGGUUCUCUAUACCUUCAACUGUAUGUCAAGUGGGAACGCGAGGUAUCAACGGCCAUAUGCGUUUUGUCAUAAAGAAGCUUUAGCUGUUAAGCCCCCGGCUAAAAGAAAAAACAAGGAAUCAGGCUCCAAAUUAGGCCUAAUUCUUGGUAUAGUUGGUGGUGUUGUGGGGAUGACCGCAGUUAUGGGGAUAUUGAUUUUGAUCAUCGUUAGAAAAUCCGAUACAAGAAAUGAAAACGACCAGUUCGACAAAAUUUCAUUGCGUAGCUUGCCAAAACCAAACAUCGAAACAAGGCGUGUGCCUCAGCCAAUGAGGUUAGCAUCUAUUGGAUUACCACCGUACCGUGUUUUUUCAUUAGAGGAAAUUGAAGACGCAACAAAUAACUUCGACGCUUCAAACUUGAUGGGCCAAGCAUCUCAGGGAAAGGUGUAUAAAGGUCGGCUUUCAGAUGGUUCUGUUGUUCUUGUGAAAUGCUUGAAACUGAAGCAGAAGCACUUAGUUCAGAGCAUGAUUCAAAGCAUUGAAGAUUCGCUGUCGAAGCUAAGGCAUCGUCAUUUGGUAAGCGUUCUUGGACACUGCACUGUCACCUAUCAAGACCAUCCCCAUACAGCUACAACAGUCUUUGUUGUUCUUGAGAACAUGACAAAAUCGCUAAGCGAAUAUGUCACAGAUUGGAGAAAGAAAGAAAUGCUGAAAUGGCCGCAAAGGAUGGCGAUUACCAUCGGAUUAGCAAGGGGAGUCCAAUUCUUGCACACAGGAGUUGCACCAGGCAUUUAUGGAAACAAAUUGAAGAUAAACAACAUAUUAUUGGAUGAAAGUCUCUCUGCAAAAAUUAGUAGUUAUAGUAUCCCCUUGCCAUAUAAGGUUGGUUUGGAGAGUCCUCUGCACGGACAAGGUGUUCAUCUAGACAGUACGGAAAAUGAGGAGAAGGAAGAUAUUUAUCAACUGGGUAUUAUACUACUGGAAGUUAUUACCGGAAAACUAGUGAUAUCAGCUAGUGAUUUGAAUGAGACGAAGCUCCAGCUCGAACGAGGCUUAGCAGAUUCAAAACUGAAGGACGCCGUAGAACCUUCCAUUCAGGGCUCGUACGCAUACCAGUCACUGAAGACCGCAGUUGAAAUCAGCCUAAAUUGCCUAGGCAAAGACCCAAACAGGCGUCCUUCAAUAGAAGACGUCCUCUGGCAUUUACAAUACGCAAUGCAAGUUCAAGAAGGAUGGACCAGCAGUGGUAACCUCAGUUCACAAAUGUAAAAAGCCUUUUAUCAUUUCAACUUGUACAACUGUCUAGACUUCAAUGUUUGUCACUUUAACGCCUUUAUAAAUAAAUGUAAAUACAUCUAGUGUUUACCUUUUA